GUUCGGAGCUCCUCUAAUGUUUUCCUUAUCCAUAAGAAAACUUCAAACUUUUCCGGUAUUUGUUGACAAAUGUACGCAAGAUGUCGUUUUUGAAAGUGUGUUACCGAACAUUACCGAGAACUAUACAGAAGCUACAGCUGCUGAGGAUAUGUCCCCGUCAAAGAGUUUCCACUGUGUAUCUGUGCACGUCGAGUCAUCCACAGGAAUUCACCACGAUAAAACAGGCCAGAGAAGUGCUGAAAGAACUUGUAGGAGCUCAACAAAUAUGGGGAACACAGAUAGAAACUCCUAGCCAGCCACAACUGUCCUUCACACAAGAUGAUCUACCUGUGCGAACAAUGAAAGACAGCUACCAAGAGGCAGUUAUCCCCCUUGGAUCAAACCCUACUACCAGGGAGAAAUAUGUCAAUUUCUAUGAGGGAAUACGUUUUGGCCGAAUUUUGGAGGAUCUUGACACAUUUGCUGUGUUAAUUAGUUAUACCCACACAACCCAUGAUGACCAGACAUCUGACCACAAGUCUCCUAUCGCCAUAGUAACGGCCUUGGUGGACAGGAUUGAAUUGGAGGAACAUCCUAUUAAAGCAGACAAAGAUAUUUUAAUGUCAGGUCAUGUGACCUGGGCAGGAAGUAGCUCUUUAGAAGUCACCAUGAAGUUGAGACAGGAGUAUGAAGGAUCACUACGACAACUACUAGAGGCCAAGUUUGUGAUGGUGGCCCGGAACCCUGUUACAAAGAAGUCUGCACCUGUGAACAAACUACAACCAGUUGGUCCUGAAGAGGAAAGCUUGUUUAAGUUAGGAGAAAGUAGCAAGAAAAAGAGGCAGCUGGAAGGGGAGCGAACUCUUCUGAAAACUCCCCCGUCAGAGGAAGAACGUGAACAAAUACAUAAGUUGUUCCUUCAAACAUUAGACUCCAGUGCGUCCAGUUUUCGUGUACGAGUAAAACCAGACAACAGUGAAUGGAUGGAGAAAACUUUACUGAAGAAUCUUACAAUCUGUUUCCCCGAGCAAAGAAAUUUAUAUAACAAGAUAUUUGGUGGUUAUUUAAUGAGAAAAGCAUUUGAGCUGGCUUGGACAAAUGCUGCUAUGUAUUGUAAGUCUCGGCCAUAUGUAAAAGCAGUAGAUGAUAUUUUGUUUAUGAAACCUGUAGAAGUUGGAUCGGUUUUGUUUUUAUCCUCCCAGGUUGUGUAUACUUCUGGGUCAAUGUUACAAAUGAAGGUCCAUGCAGAGGUGGUUAACGUGGUGGACUGUACUCGGGCCACCACAAACAACUUCUACUUCACCUUUGACACACGUCAGAAUGAAGAUGUUACAACAGUUCUGCCAAAGAGCUACGCUGAAUCAAUGCUUUAUCUGGAUGGAAAGAGACACUUUGAAAGCUGAUGAUGUGACAACGAUAGUGAUAAAAAAAACUGUGAUACCUAUUGAAAAGCCGAAACAGUUUUCCUUAAUUUCAUAUCCAACAAGACAUUAGAUCUAUUUCUUACAUACAUGUUCGAUCUGUGAGUACAGAGAGCUGUACAUCAGUAAGUUUGACAGUGUAUGUAAUAUGUACUGUUAACUUCCUAGUAUUAUCAUUAUUUUAUUUUUCAUUUAGCGAAUAGCCAGAGGAAUGUAAGUGAAAUUAGUGAAAGGAUAUGAGGAUGUUGGAGCAACAUAAACAUAUAUUAAAAAUGUUUCUAACCCUUAGGCUAGUUCCCUGUAACAAUAGCUAUCCAACAGCAGCUAUCUAACCAUAGGACUUAUGGUAUAUAUUUCGUAAUGUAUAACCAAUCGUGUAAAAGUUUUGAUAUAUGUCUCUAGUCUAGUUUGAAGUUCACCAAAGAUAUUGACCGAGUGCAGCAAUAUAAUCUUUAAGUUUGUCAAUCAUCAUGAAUUGGCUAUAACAUUCACGUAUUUGACUAUUUAAAAGUUUUGAACCAUAUUUGAUAAAACGUCGCAGGUGACCAUUUAGGUCCAUGUACCUCUUGUUGAAAUGUUUUUAAUCCACAAUUUCAUUUUGAAAUAAAUACAUCAAAGCAUUAAAUUAUAUUGAUGUACAAUUUCCAGUAUUACUUUUAUCUAGACUGCUUAAAACAGGAAAAGUUCUGGGAAAAUUUUGAAUUAAUAGUAAGUGUAUUAUAUUGAAAUGUAUACAAGUCUUAUACAUUACUCACUGUGGUGAAAGGUUCAUAUUAACAUCCUACGCAAUGCAGUACAGCAGCAUAUGUUUAACAUCCAAAUGGUUUCUGUUUAGGUGUGUAACAUCCUCGUAAACAAUUUCAUUUGUCAAGAAACUUUUUUUUUGAAAAAUACUGUAUAUAUAUAUAUACAUUUCUUGUAUAUAUAUAUAUAAAUUGUUUUAUAAAGGAAUACGAAAGAGUCAGAAAAUGAUAUUUGCUAAACUAAGGAGUGACAAUCAACUUCAGGAGAUAUGAUUUAAGGUGUAAGCUGGGCUGUGAAUUACUUAUUUAUGUUUCUGUUGAAAUCCUUGUUAUAUUACACUUAACAUUAUCCAGACUGUUUAUACAUGUUGAAUUAUUAACAGUUUAACCAGAUCAUCAUGAAUUCAGAUAAUGAUAAGUGACAAGUUUAAGAGUCUAUUUGAUAUAUAUACAGUAGUGUACUGUAUUAUAAAUUUGUAUUAUUUUCUGAACCAGGCUUUGGAAUCACAAAAUUUGAGAAUAUUCCCUCGAUGUUCUUGAAAUAUGACUUGUUAUCUUACAUACAGAACAUUUAAUAAAAUAAAACAUUUUCUGGAUCAUUACUUUAAAAAGUGAAAUACUCUGGUAGUUAAGAAUUUGUAUCAAUAAAUUAUCUUGAUGGUUUAACUUAUAUAGUAGAUAUAAAUAUCUAGGACUCUUGAAAAUAAAAAAAAACUUUAAUUGCAUAACAUUUACAUAAAUUUGCUGUAUGUAAUAUUUUUGUUGAUGAUAUUAUUGUUUUAAUAAACAUGUAUUGUGUUAACAUUUGAUCAAAGGAUUCUGUUUCUCUACACUUAUCCUAUCUCUGUUUACAUGUACCUUGGAAAUAUGACAAAAAUAAAUGUCUUGUAUUAUGAUUUUAUUAGUUCUGUUCAUCAAAUCUAACCAUCAGUAAAUGUGUCUUUACUUUAGUAGUAUCAACAUUUUACAAUAUUUUGUAUGCCAAUGUUUAUAUAUUUUUUAUUUAUAGAACUGCCAUUAAAUAUAUAUUGACCUUUUGUAUUAUGAAACCAUAUAAAGUGUCACCAAAAUUUUUAAUUAAGUGUUUUUAUUUUUAUUAUGUCAAUGAUUUGUGUGGAAUAUAUGAUUCACUUAAUAUAAGAUAGUUGUCUUUUUCUUAAUCCAUCAAAUUAGAUUAAAUGCAGUAAUGAUG